AUGGGCUUUGCCUACCAGUUCCUCAAGAUGACGGUGCUGCGCGUACAGCCGAAGCGUGAGGAGCAGAUGUACACGCACAUCCGCCGCGUGUACGGCGACAACCUGCCGCCGGAGCUGCUGCAGAUUGCGCGGCGGCAGCGCGAGGCGCAGGACACACUCACGCUGUCAAACAUGAUGCGCACGCCGACGCCGGGGGAGACGGCAGGGGCGCUGCAGCACGAGUUGGACCCGCGCCGCAUUGCACAGCUGCGCAGUCACAACGGCAAUUGA